AUGAUAAGCAGGGAGAAUGAAACCUCGCAACGCUAUUCAAAAUCAAAACUACGUUCGGAUUUGGAUACGAGAAACACACUUUAUUUUUACCCUAACUUUAAACGUCGACUGGGCGAGCACAACAUUCUCACUGUGCUAUCGUUGUUCGUCUGGCUGCUAUCCCCUCCUCGAGAUGGCGGGAAACAUCCGAACCUUAGGGUUUUUGCCGCCAUUGGCCAUGCGAGGAGGUGUUCCUCGAUUGGCGAUUUUCCCGACGGCCCGCGAUCCUUUUCAUCAGACUCAUUUUGCUACGCUUGCAAUUUCAUCGGUUUCCACAGAGGCUCGUCUCUUAAGAAUACGGCCCAGAGCCACUGGUGGAUCAGGCGAGCUUUAGUUACUGGAGUAUCCCUGGGGUUUGCAAAUCUUCGUCUUGGCUAUUUGGCUGACAGAUAUUCCUUGUCAAAGUUCAGUACAGUGGGGAUUUUCUUUCUCUCUGGGCUUAUGUUGAGGAGUCAAGAAAUUGGUGCAGCUGUCGAGGCUUGGCCUGCCGGAAUCCUUGGCCUUGUUUCUAUUUUGUUCCUCACUCCCUUCUUUUCGCUGGUUAUCUUACAAGUUCAUUUGAAUCCUCGUGAAUUUGUGACUGGGUUGGCUAUUUUUUGUUGCAUGCCAACUACAUUGUCAAGUGGAGUUGCAUUGACUCAACUUGUGGGAGGGAAUUCUGCUCUUGCUCUUGCAAUGACAGUUAUAUCUAAUUUCUUGGGAACAAUGACGGUGCCUAUUUCUCUUGCACUGUUUGUAGGAGGAGUUGGAGUUUCUAUUCCAACAGUGCAAUUAUUUAAAAGCCUCGUUAUGACCCUUUUGGUUCCUUUGGCUCUAGGAAAGGUGCUUCGAGAUUUUAUAAAGAGUGUGGCUGUUUGUGUUGAUAAAAAUCGUCAAUAUUUGUCAAUGACAAGUGCCAUUCUUCUUAGUCUUGUUCCUUGGAUGCAGGUGAGCAGGUCGAAGUCACUGCUCCUUACAGUUCGGCCAGAAGUUUUUGCUACUGCUGUGAGCAUGGGGGUGCUCCUACACAUCAUUCUUUUGGCACUCAACACCUUUGCCGUCCGGAUUCUAUCAAUGCUCUCCGGAGAUGAACAGUCAAUUCUUGCAAAAAGAGAGAAUGCAUGUGCAGUCAUUAUUGUUGCCAGUCAGAAAACUCUGCCAGUUAUGGUUGCUGUGGUUGAGCAGCUAAGGGGAGCUCUAGGCGAGCCUGGACUUUUGGUUCUUCCUUGUGUGGCCGCCCACAUUAACCAGAUUAUCAUAGACUCUUUGCUCGUUAAUUGGUGGACCAAGGACCAGCGAUCUACCACCACCAAAGACGCGUAGAACCUCGCCUCUCCUUCAUUUGGUAAUUUCUCCUAAAAUUUCAGCUGAUUUGACGCACACAUUUGAAGUGCUCAUAAACAGCUAAUAUUGAUUGAUUGUAUGAAUUACGUAAACCAGAAGUAAUUAUAAUAUUGAUUUCCUCUAAACUUUAAUAACAAUUAAAUUAUUUUACUUCCCUCAUUCGUUCGCAAAUGAAACAAGAUGUAAUAGAAUUAUCAGUUGAAGUGUAUUAUUGUUAGUAGGCCAAGGAUCAUGAAAGGACAAGAGAGGACAAUUAUGUGUAACUUUUAAGA